AUGGACUACACCACCGUCUCAAUCAAUUUGUACCCUCCUAAACUUCAUGAAAUCGUCCUUCAAGGUCAAAAAGUUGCAAAUUCUUCGGCGAUGUCUCAAAGUCUGGCGAAUUUGAUAACCAUUGUGCGCAACCGAGUCACAGGAAGCUGCCAAGCUGGACAGAGAUGGCUUACAAGUAGCAUCUUAAUGUAUCUGGCAGAAUACAUGAGCACCGUUGGCGAAUUUGGCGGAAACGUCCAAAUUAUACCUUUCCACCAGUCCGACGUCAGUAACAUGGGUCCCAUCAUUGACUUUGUCAUUUCGAAAGGCUCCACGUAUGAUGGAAGUGUUUUUUACUCACAAGUGAUCCUUAAAGACAGGCUGACCUUAUCGACUUCGACUUCAGACAAUUUGUUUGUAUGGCCGAGAGGCAUCUGCACGAACAAAGAUGAUAUGGCUCAGCACCACUUUUGCGCAAUAUUUCAGUUACCUGAUGCGAACUUGGAUAACUUAGAAGUUGAUCUUCCAUAUGCGUCAAUCAUUGCACCAUUCUGUCGCCGCUCCGUCGGCUUCAAAGACCUCCGGGGGUGUGUAACCAACGGCGAUGAUUGGCGCUUUUUUUUGUUUGUCCAGAAUGAUUCAGAAGAGAAAGGACAUUUUUUGAUCUUAGACGAGACGCUUGAAUUGGGGGAUGACUUAACUGGCCUUCCUUUGCUCAUUGACUGGGUGGAGAACUGCCGAAAUGAGGAGCUACAAUAUUGCCGAUUGUUUCAGUCUCUAAUCAAUUAG